AUGCUGUCCUGCCAAGAUCUGAGUUUUGCAAGAGAGCAGCGCUACGACUACUCCGCCUCUACGUCUGCUGACGGUAAUGUUGACGUUUCCACAGCAACGCUCGUCUCCCUAUGGGACGCCGGUCCCCUGGACAACGCUGCCCGCCAGCACGAGCCGCCGCGGCGGGAUUCACUGCCUGUGUCUGAGCAUGGAUUGGGACAUCGGCCCACCUGGCCUGACCAACUGUCACCUCAAAUUCAACGAAACAAACAGCUCCAAGACACCCUAAUGCAAAGAGAAGAAGAGCUGGCCAGACUGCAAGAAGAGAACAACAAGCUCAAAGAGUUUUUAAACUCAUCAUAUGUUAAGUCUUUAGAGGAAAAAACAAAGAAACUCCUUUCUAACUGCAAGGUUCCAGAUGGUCCAAGACAUCAAAAGAGAACUUAUGAUGAUUUCCGGAACCUGAGCCAGUCGCUUCACAGCGGUGAGGGAAAGCGAACCUGCCGCAAUCUCUCUUUGGAAUUUUGCUCCGCUGAAGAGUUGGCGGCCACCCCACCUCUAGACUCAUGGAUACUAGAAACUCUAGGCCUGCAAGACGAGAACACUGUUGACCCAGAACGCAGUUUCAACACCCCUUCUUUCAGCUGUCCACUCCCUACAGAAGAUCCUUACAGUACGACAAAUGUGGACAAUGCAGUCGGCUUCAGCCCUAAUGCAGAGACACGCUGCAAUUACAGCAGCAUCGUAGACUCAUCCAGCAACUGCAGUCUGGACACCUCCAGUGGCUACAGCACCUCCCAGAGCUUGCGUUCAGAUUAUUCAACCCUUGACCCCUCAGCUCUGUACACCAUCACAACUACAGGUUCACUGGUCAGCUCUCCACCAGCGAUGACCACCGCUCAACACUUCACACCACCACGAGCUGCCUCGACUCCAUUUCAUCCCCAGGACGUAAGCCCUGGUCCAUACUACAACACACCAGGCUGUGAUUCCUCCAGUCCACCAGGGGGCAACAGUCAACUUUUCUCCACACCUCGUAUGUCUCGUAGCAGGACAGACUUGGCAUUUAGCAUGUCACUUAGUCCACAAAACAGUGUGAAGACGCACAGUUUCCCUCAAGGACAAGCUUUCACACGCAGAGAUGCACAAGGGGGAUGGAACUUCACCUGGGUUCCUAAACAAUGUUCCUAGAGACAUUUUUGAGGAUUGAAAAACUGCCUUUUUUUUUUAGCCUU